UCCCAAAGGACAAUAUCCGCCAUGUCCGCUCCAUAUCAACAAAUCCUGUACUCUGUCAAUGAUGGUGUGGCUACGAUCACGCUCAACUAUCCUGAACGAGCGAAUGCCAUAUCGAGUACAAUGUCAAAGGAAAUACCAGACGCCUUUGCACGUGCGAAUGAAGAUCCUGUCGUCAGGGUUAUUGUUCUGACCGGCACUGGCAAGUACUUUUGUACAGGAAUGGACUUGGGGGGCUCGUCAACAGCGCAAAACGGAAGGUCUUCGAGUCCGCAGGUGGAGGCCGGCUACAGGUUUUUUGAGUCAAUAGCAAAUUCACCCAAGCCGGUCAUUGCUCGCGUCAACGGUCCUUGCCUGGGCGGCGGGGUCGGUGUAUUGUUUUGCUGCGAUAUCCGAGUCUCUGUCGCAUCCGCGUAUAUCUCGUUCCCUGAAGUGCGGAGAGGACUUGUCCCUGCCAUAAUAUCGCUGUAUAUUACGCCCCAGCUGGGUCCAUUUCGAACCCGUCAGUACAUGUUGACAGGAGAGAAGGUGACCGCCAAGGAAUGCCUUCGCAUUGGUGCCUUAUCCGAAGUAGUGGAUGACGAGGUGGCUUUGGAUACAUGUACGAGAAAGUACUCUGAUUUGCUGAUCGAAGGAGCUCCUGGAGCACUGACGAAUGUCAAACACCUCGUGCGAUUGGUUUCUGAAUCGCCCGCACAUGAAGAUGCGAUCCCACAUGUAAAGGAAGUCUUUACAAAGAUGCUUCAGUCGGAGGAGGCGCGGGAUGGAAUGUCUGCAUUUUUAAAGAAAACCAAGCCUUCGUGGUCAAAGCAGAGGCCAUCAAAGCUCUGAGCCCUGUGAUGGACACUGAGAGCUCUGAGGUGAUGACUUCCAACUUUGAAGCGCCGAAUGUGCAGUAGGUGUACGUCUGGCUCAUGAGGUCCCGGAGUGUGUUACAACAUCUAUGUUGAAGCUGGUAAAGUCAUAAUACGAACGAAACUCAAAUGAGACACCCUACCAAGGGAAGGCAGCGUAAAUUGUAGUUUACUUGAGGUACCUUCAGGUGUGUCUUUCAAGUAGAUGAAUUGUUGAUAAAUCCGACAGUCUUCUUGUUAUACAAAAUUGAAAUCAGUUAUGAGCACUAGUAUGUCCUGGCGAUAUGAUCACUAUCCGUUGGCUUGGACGGAUUUGGGUUACAGUUAAGGACGAGUAUUUAUGUACACAUUUACAAAAAAAAAGUACAAGAUAAAAAAC